AUGGUUCAACUCAACGCUACUGCCCUUGCCGCCGUUGUACUCGGUGCAAUUUCGGUCUCUGCUGCGCCUGGUGCUGUUGCAUUCGCAGAGCUCGAGGCUCGAAAUGAGCUCUCGCAGCUCGUCCAGGCACGCGACGUCGCCUACGCCGACUAUGAAACCAGGGAGCGCAUUCUUAACGCCCGCGCUCGCCAGCUCGCCGCCCGAGGAUAUGAUGUCGAAGAACUCAUCUUCGCUCGUGCUAAGACCUCUAAGUCGGAGAUCGUCGCGUGGUUGAACCAAGGAGCAACGCAAGGCGCCGCUGACUUCGGCACUAGAAUGACUCCCUUCCACUCUGGAGGGACAUCCCGCGCGCCUCAUUGUCGCCCUUACGGUCAAAAGAUCACACGAACAGAGACCCAGGGAAGUGGCAAGAAGAAGAGGACCAUCACUAUUAACGAGUACUUCGUCAUGCUGAAGUGCGCGAAGGACAGCAAAAAACCUGAUGACAAAGUCACCAUCGUUUCUCCCUUCAAGGUGUCUGGAGGACCGGACGCUGCCCCCCCUUCAGCGGCAACAGUAUAUAGUCAGCUGUUGGCGCACGUCAACGCUAUGUCGAGCCUGCCGUUCUAG